UUGCCGUCGAGCCAGGAGGCAGACGAAGCCACUGUAAAAGACUUGUGUGCGUGCGUGCGUGUGUUUGUUUACGUGUAGGCCUCCAACGACCAAUGACACUAGUACACCAUCUCUCUCUUUCAACGCAAGAGCCAACUACACGAUUAACGAACGCUUAACGACCCUAGCGGGAAUUAAACUGAACUGACUUAAUAUACUUAAGUGAUAUCAAGUUUAUAGUGCAGCAAAGGUUAACACUCGUGGUGACAAAGGGACCUCCAAAAUAUACAACAACUCAAAGGUCAUACUUGUAGGUCGUGCUCGAACGUCAUACUGGAAGGUCGAGUCGACAUUUCGAGGACAUCUGACAACACACACCUGACGCAGUGGAAGUGACGAUUGGUAUAUCUGACAGUGAAGGCAGGUGUGUGUGUGGGGGUGUGUGACUGGUGUAUGUGUGCGUGGGUGGCAGAUUUCUCCUCUUACACCUGUGGGCCAAACACCUGCUGUAGCCACACGUGUACAGAGGUUCGGGUGGUGUAGAAGUCGCUGUAGAAGGAGACGCCAUGGCCACGUACGCUACUUAUCGUCACGUCGAGUUGGAUCGAGUUGGCUUAGGGAAACGGAGAGUGAACCAUCCCCCUGGUGGCCAGACUAAACUCAAUGAUGAUGUUAGCCCCGAGAACCUAACCGUUAGGGUGUUGAAGCCUCCCGGUGGUGGGUCGUCCAUCGUCUUCGGAGAGGAUGACACCAAUGUCCCACGUCCCAGGCCCAAGUCCCUCCCCCAGCAGGAAGCUCCACAGGAAGAAAAACAGGAACAAACUCCCAAAGUGGAGACAAACGGUACGGCCACCCCACAGAGUGUGAAAGAUGAUGCUGCCGCCACCAAGGAAAAUAACCCAUCGGCUGCCACCAAUGGGUCAGUCGCCACCAAUGGGUCGGUCGCCCAUGGCUCCCCCACAAAUGGUACUCCCUCCACUGGCUAUCCUAGCAGUAGGUCUUCCAACAGUGUCGGCACUCCAACUUUGGCCAAACAGCUCGACACUCAGAGCCGCCUCUUUGGGAACGAGCCGGCCCUGAGUACCCCCAGCAGGAGAAUGAGGGACCACUACCGCAGCAACAUCUUUACCGCUGACGAGCCGAUGGCAAAGCAGAAUGGAUCUUCCAACGGGCCCCGGGCAGUGUUUUGUGGGACGUGGACUCGUCGGGACCCGGUGACGGGGGUGGGUGUUCUGUGCUGGGACAUCCAUGCUCCCCGCUUUGCACCUAACAAGAGGAAAGGUAACAUGUGGAAGAAAGCCAGCGCCGCCGCCGCCCCUGUGAUCAUCGAGGUGAAGACCCCAGAGCAGCCUCAAGCCCAGCAGAAACAGAGGCAACGUGUCCCACCAGGCGGGUUCUCCAGCCAGCUGUGGUAAACCUGCCCUCCCCCUUACCCACCCCACCCCCUGCUGGAUAACUACAGUACUAACUCAACUUCAUUAGCAGACAUUAUUUUGAAAGAUAACACAGGCUAUCCAUUUGAUGUAUUGCAUCAUUAAUUCAACUGCUAACGGGAAAUAUAGCUUGAUUUAACCACACACGAUAAUGUUCGCAGUCAUGUAUUCUAAUUCAGGGGUUAAUUUGUUUACACAUGAAGGCUAGAGUGUAACCGUGGGAUUCUUUCAUUGCUAUCUUCGAGUAUAGUUUUGUUCUUCGUCGUAUUGCCAAAGUAAAAUAGCAGAGUUUGAGUGUGUUGGAGGCGAGAACUGUAAGUUAUUUUGAUGUAAUAGAACAUAACCUGAUCGUAACAUAGCACAUAACUGUUAGUCUUAGUUGUAAUGUACUUCUGCUGGAACACAUAUAUUGCAUAAAUAAACCAGUGCACAUUAUCAGUCUUUGUUGCCCAGCGUAAGUAAGACCUUUCUGAUAGGUUUCUUAUUAUUUCUUUCCUUUAUACUAUUAAGGCAAGGGUUUAGCGUGCUGCGUCGUCUAGCCUGGCAACAUUACGGCUGCCAUAUCAAGCUUUCAUUUGCUACAUGAAUGACAGAAAGGUUCAACAUUAAUUAGCCAAAUAUAUAUACUGUAUACUUUGCUCAAUCAUCUUGCUUUAUAAUCCAGUUCAUCUAAGGUUGGAAAGUUUAGUUUUGUAAGGCCAUUGUAUUAAUAAACAGCCAUUCCAUUUAACUCUUAAGUAAAAUUAAGCUCUCUAGAGACUGAGGGUAACUCAUUAGUUUUAAUGACUGAAUAAUGUGCCUCAAGUUCCAUCCGUUUAAUAUAUAUCAUCUGCAGUGAGUUAUGUCAUAGAUGAAUUUUGUUUUAUUUCAUAUAAAAUUGCACUUUAGUUAACACAAAGCUGUGAGCAGCUUCUCUUGUGCACCUUCUUCAAUUGUCUAUGAGAUAUUCCAUCAACUGUGAUAAUUUUUUUUGAAUUUGUUAUUGCUAGAAGGGUCAUGAUAUAAUUGUAGUGUCUCACAAUUAUGGUCUUAAGAAUUUGGGAAGCUCAUUAUAAAAUUGGCUCCAUUUGGCUGUAGCAGAACUCAUUUGUAUUAAUUUUAAUAAAUCUAAUCAUCUA